GUUUCGUUAAACUUAGUCGAGUCAUUCAUUAGGCUUAAGUAGGAGCACUGAUACGUCUACUCAGGAAAUUUUCUUUUAAGUUUUAUUAAAGUCAGUCGUUUUAUUUUUUAAAUUAUCAAAAAUGCCAGACUAUCUCGGAAAUGAUAUGCGGAAAACUAAAAAAGACGAUAAAGAAGAGGAAGAGAAGGAAAUCAAAGUACUUGAUGAAGGAGACAUUGCCCUACUGAAAAGUUAUGGAGCUGGUCAGUACAGCAAGGCAGUUAAACAAGUAGAAGAUGACACACAAGCUAUUUUGAAACGAGUUAAUGAACUUACUGGAAUUAAAGAAUCUGAUACAGGGCUAGCACCUCCAGCACUGUGGGACUUAGCUGCUGACAAACAAACUCUUCAGAAUGAACAACCAUUGCAAGUUGCUAGGUGUACAAAAAUCAUCAAUGCAGAUAGUGAUGACCCAAAAUACAUUAUCAAUGUCAAGCAGUUUGCCAAAUUUGUGGUUGAUUUGGCUGACUCGGUGGCUCCCACAGAUAUUGAAGAAGGCAUGAGAGUUGGAGUGGACAGGAACAAGUACCAGAUUCAUAUUCCCCUCCCACCUAAGAUUGAUCCCACAGUUACCAUGAUGCAGGUUGAAGAGAAGCCUGAUGUGACGUACAGUGACGUUGGAGGGUGUAAAGAACAAAUUGAAAAACUCCGUGAAGUUGUAGAAAUGCCUUUGUUACACCCAGAACGGUUUGUUAAGCUUGGAAUUGAACCUCCAAAAGGAGUACUGCUUUUUGGUCCACCAGGAACGGGGAAGACUUUGUGUGCCCGAGCAGUGGCUAAUAGAACGGAUGCUUGCUUCAUCAGAGUCAUUGGCUCAGAACUUGUUCAAAAGUACGUUGGAGAGGUUAGUAAAAAUUUUGUAUUUUGCUUUUUAAAAGAAAGGUUUGAAGAAAUAAUGAAUUUCAUAAGCUGACUUGCCCUAAAAUUG